CGCGCAGCUCGGCCUGGGCCUGUCGGGCGCUCUCCUUCCUUCCGCGCCCGGCCUGGCGGGCCCAGCUCCUCCCCCGUUCGGCCUCGCUCCUUCCCUGGCCCUCCCUCCACCGGCCGUUCCUCUCUCCCUCCUCCUCCUCCUCUUCCUCGGCGAGGCGCUCCUCCAGCAGCCAGACAGCAUGGCGGCCGUGGAGACGCGGGUGUGCGAGACGGCCGGCUGCAGCAGCGAGGCCAAGCUCCAGUGUCCCACCUGCAUCAAGCUGGGCAUCCAGGGCUCCUACUUCUGCUCGCAGGAAUGUUUUAAAGGAAGUUGGGCUACUCACAAGUUACUACAUAAGAAAGCAAAAGAUGAAAAGGCAAAGCGGGAAUUGUCUUCCUGGAGUCUAGAAGGUGAUACUAACACUGACCCAUGGGCAGGUUAUCGGUACACGGGCAAACUCCGACCACAUUAUCCACUGAUGCCAACCAGGCCCGUGCCAAGUUAUAUUCAAAGACCAGAUUAUGCUGAUCAUCCUUUAGGAAUGUCUGAAUCUGAACAAGCUCUUAAGGGUACUUCUCAAAUUAAAUUACUCUCAGCGGAAGAUAUAGAAGGGAUGCGACUCGUAUGUAGGCUUGCUAGAGAAGUCCUGGACAUUGCUGCUGGGAUGAUUAAACCAGGUGUAACUACUGAAGAAAUAGAUCAUGCUGUGCACUUAGCAUGCAUUGCAAGAAAUUGCUAUCCUUCUCCGUUGAAUUAUUAUAAUUUCCCAAAGUCUUGUUGUACUUCAGUGAAUGAAGUUAUCUGUCAUGGAAUUCCAGACAGACGGCCCUUGCAAGAAGGUGAUAUUGUUAACGUGGACAUCACUCUUUAUCGCAAUGGUUAUCAUGGAGACCUGAACGAGACGUUCUUUGUCGGCGACGUGGAUGAAGGGGCACUGAAGCUGGUUCAGACCACAUAUGAGUGCUUGAUGCAAGCCAUCGAUGCAGUGAAACCUGGCGUUCGAUACAGAGAACUGGGAAACAUUAUUCAGAAGCAUGCCCAAGCAAAUGGCUUUUCAGUUGUUCGAAGCUACUGUGGGCAUGGAAUCCAUAAGCUUUUUCAUACAGCCCCCAAUGUACCCCACUAUGCCAAAAAUAAAGCAGUUGGAGUGAUGAAGGCGGGCCACGUAUUUACCAUUGAGCCAAUGAUUUGUGAAGGUUCAAGAUAAACAUUUUGGCAGAAGACACCAUAAUGGCAUAUGGUAUGUCCCUUUCAUUGCGUCACAUCUCAUCAGGAGGCACAUAAUAUUGUCAUAUUUAAUGCCAAUACAAGUUUGUCACUUGGAUUCUGUCAGAUCUUUUUAUUUUAAAAAUUUAAAACAUCUUUUUUUAAAAAAGCAAAUAAUUUGGGAGGAGAUACUUGGAGACCAUUUGGAGAUCCUGUUCACUCAAUGGUUUUAGUGUUCACUGCAGAAUCCAUUGUUUUAUUGAAUUGAUUGCUGCAAAUUGGGACUUUCUAAACCUAGUAUUUCAUCUGCAUUAUUAGCUAGCACCCUUUUACAAAGAUGUGUUUUUCCUCCCUCUUACCACUUUUUUUUUUUUUUUUUAGUAUUUUUGGGUUCAUAGAUUCUUUUUAAACAUUCUACUUAAAUUACUGGAAUUCCAAAUUGGGUCAGCAGGAACACCUUUAAAGCUUAUUCAUGGGUUAUUUUGACUUGUGCCUAAAAGGCAUAAUAUCGUGCCUUUUGCUAUAGCAAGAUAUUCUAGGUUUAUCAUACACUUUGCCUGCUCCACACUGGUGUCUGGCUAUUUCUUCAAGGAAAAACCCACUUUCUUUUCUUGGGAAAUCAAGAUCUGUGUGCUACUGGGGUGUCAUCGUUUCUAGGCUUUUUUAGGGAAUGGAGCCAGAAAAUGCAUUGCUUAUAUAUCAUGAAUUUCUUCACAUACUUUAUUUCACAUCUAACAUCUGUCUCACCUUUCCCUGUUCCCUACCUGUAUCUUCUCUGAUGGUGAGAACUUUGGUUCUGAACAUCAGUAUUUACUAUUUAGUUGAUUCUACAAGAUGUAAAAUUAUUUCAGAAUGACUGCGUGAAGAUCACUACCAACAAUAAAGUUAUUUAGUGCAAAGUUUGUGAUUCUUUUUAUUCUUGGAACAUGUCAUUAAGAGCAUGCAAGUAUUGGUUUAAAAAUUAUUUGAAUUAAUUUUGAUCCUACUGUGUGCUAAAUUUCAUAAACUGAGCUACUGUUUAACAGUGAAUGCAGUGAAUACAGUGGGAGUAGUGAGGAUAAUUUAGUGGUCUGGGAGUUAGAAAUAUUGGAACCGUUUGAGAUAGUAUGAUAAGAUUCUGUCUGCAUUUGAUGGUGUUUGACUUCUCUCAGGCUCCCUAGCCUAUGAGAGGAGCAAAUUAUACCACUUGCGGAUAUGUGGCUCAUUUUCCAAUAUAGUAGGGGGGAAAAUCAUCUGGACAGUAAUGUUUUAGGUACAAAUUGUUUCACAGCGUAAGCUGCAUUAUGCUAAUAUUCUAAAAGGUAAUGUGUUUAGCUUCAUUUUAAAAAUGAACAUCUAAGGAAAGGUCAGCUUAGUAGCACAUGCUCCACACGUGGCAAUCCUCUGGCUUCAGUGUCUGAACUCUGAGGUGCAAGCAGUCUUUGGUGGCAGCCUCCCCCUUACCUCUUCGUUUUGGUGUGAAGGAUGACAAUAAAAAACUGGUUUGCAUUUGGUUAUUUUGCAAAAGAGCAAGACUAAGAUGGCAUUGACUACCUGUCAUCUGCCGCCUUUCAUGUUGGAGACUGGGUGAGCAACAACUGUCUAGAUGGCAAUUCUGUGAUUACAUUAAAUGUAUAUUUUACUAAAAUGUGCCAAAAAGUCAAAUAUGUGGAGCAUUCAGGAAGGGCUUCCUGGAAAGACUUUCACAUCAAUAUGUGUUUUUUUAAAUGUAUUUUUUAUUGUUGAUAGUAUUAAUAUGUUUGUUAUAGUUCAAAGUAUUUUAAUAUUUUCCUAUGGACAUCGAUUUUUACUAUUGUAAAGCUUUUAGUGGAGUAAUAGCUCCCAUCUCCUGGGUGAUUAGCCCUUUUACUAUUAUUACCCCCACCUUCUCAUCCCACUCACAACAACAAACACAUGCCAAUACUUCUCAAAACAUGUAGGCACAUCUGCACUAUGAUGUCAUGAGGAGGGCACAAGACCAACAGUCAGGACACCAGGGCUGUGAUUUCCCGGAUUCUUUCACUGGUUGCAUGGCUAGGAGGAUAAGUGCCAUACUUGAUCUUUGUGUAGGAUGACACCACUACUUAGCAACUGUUUUAUUCUAUAUACUAGAGGCCUGUUGCAUGAAAUUUGUGCAAGAGCAGGCCUUCCUUCCCCUGGCUGCAGGCACCAGUUUCCCCCUGGCACCUGGUACCUGGGCUUCCCUCGCUUCGUCCUGAAGGAUGUCCGGUCUAAUUAGCAUAUUACACUUUUAUUAUUAUACUGUGACUAUAAAGCAAAUCUGCUUUAGUUUAGUAGCUGCAUCAGAGUUAAACAGAAGAUUCAGGCUAGAAUUUUUAGAACUUGAUCAGUAAAUCUGAGCCCUAGCUGGCUUUGAGGAAACAAAGUAGCCAAUGAUAAAAACAUUUAGUAUGAAAAUGUAGAUUCGAGAAGAGAUCAACAUAUUUUAAUCCAAAUUUCCACUGUUUUACCUUAACAUAGCUUGAUUAUUUUUGGUGUUUUAGUCCCUGUCUAAAGGAGGUAGCUCUAUGGUGAAUUAAUGCUCCUUCCGUGGAAGGAGCAUGCGCAUGUUUACCUCAUCUCAAGGGAUUCUGUCAGUGUCCUGUUUGAUAAAGGCAGUGCUUGACAGCCCACCCCAUCUGCUUUGUUCUUGUGAAGAAAAUGAAACUGGUAUAGUGGAGGACUUGGAAUAUCUCUGUUCACUUUAUGGUUGUUUCUCUAAAGAUGAUUUCCUUGGUAUAGUUCUAUGCAUUUAUGAUCUAAAUAGCUUUGAAUAUACUUAAUAAAAUGUUUUCCAAAUGUG